CCCCUGCCAAGAAUAUGACACGAGGGUGGCCUGGUCCAUGCCAACGCCGCAAUCGACCGAGGAAGAGGCAAACGCAACCAGUGUGUGCGACUCCUGGAUUAGAUUUUUCUGCAGAAUCAACUAAAGUGGUUUCAAUCACUCAAAUACCAUUUGCUUCGAUCCGUGUAAGUCGCUCUGACCGCUUUCCGAAAAUCAAAUUGAUCUUGUUUUUUAUCGUCCUCUGUUUGAACGGAGAAAUUGCGCAAAACCCUAUCCUGUGAGCCUCAAAUUUUCUUGCUGAUACGAAUUUAUACAAAAGAACUGGCCAUUUAAUUUCUAGACCGGGUGAUCUGUGGAUUGAUGAAAUUCUACAAAAAGACAUCGUCUUGUUAUUAUGCUCUUUUUGUUGAUGAUUAAUGGACUGGGACGCCGCCCCUCCAAAUCCCUCCGAUGAGUGGUACCCCCGGCCGGAUUGCUGCUCCGACGAUGAUGGUGGCGAUUCUUUGCCGGCAUCGUCCAAAUUUUCCUCCUGUGACGGAUCGGAUUUUGAUCGGUACUGUAGUGCCAAUUCUGUGUUGGGGAGUGCGAGCACCUGCAGUUCGAUUGGGAAUUACUAUGUAGUCGGUGAAGAGUUUCCUUUGGAGGGCCACAACUCGAGAAAGAAAUUCCAGAGAAGUCGCUGGAAUGAAUUCGAAUAUUUCUCGGAUGGAGGUGCUGAAACUCCAAGAGCUAAUGGUUCUUACGAGAGUCUCAUGGCCAGAAUGAGUACAGGCUCUAGUUUGAUUCACGAUUACACAGAGAGCUCCUCAUCAUGCCAUGGCGUAUGGGGAGAAGAUAAUAAUUUACGGUUACCAUGCUUAGCCAAGGGCAAGGAGUUGCCUGCCUUUUCUUCAGUUAUUUGUUCUUCUCUGGGAGCCAAUGGUAAUGGUGAUUCAGAUGAGAAAGAAGAAGAGUGUGCGUUGAAUGAAAUUUUAUUGAUCAGGCAAAAUGAAACUCAUUUGGAUCUUAAAUUUGGUGGUCUCAUAAAUAUCGAAGGAAAUGAAGAUGCUUUUCCUCAAUCUAAGCUUUCGGAAAGUGAUGAUUCAAUGCUUGAUUAUGGAACUGAUAAUGAGGGUAGAAUUCGAUUUUGUAAAAGGAGCUUUAAGCUUGCUGAGAAAAGUAACCAUGAGGAUGUGAAUCCACUUAUUAUGAGUUCUUCUGUGGCAUUUGGCUCCAAUGAUUGGAAUGAGUUUGUCCAAGACACAGAGGGUGGUGGUCUGGCUUCACUUUCGCUGCACCUGGAUCAAUCUUUUCAGCGUCAAGAUAAUCAUAUUGAAAGAGAAAUUGAGAAAAAGGUGGAAGAUAUACCUACGGCCAGCUUUGAGGUUGAGAAUCUUACAGUUAAGGAUGUGGGAGAUGAUAAUUAUGUAUCAGCAAUCAAUCAUGAGACACAAGUUAAUGAUACACACACCCAGAUCGGUGGUGGUAGAUUUAGUGUAAUAAACAAUCAUGAAGUGGAAGCUGUUGAUCCAACUUCAAGAAAUUCAGAAUAUGCUAGUGCUUCAGCUUUGCAAAAUACUCUAUCUAAAGGCAAUGGAGUGAAAUGCUAUUUAAAUUCUCCAUUUGAUACUGCUGAAAUUCAAUCAACACUUGGUGAGGACUCUGGAAUAUAUGAAGCUUCUGAAAAAAAAAUAAAUGGUGGAUCAGAGCUUUCUUUGGCAAAUAACGGUGCGCCAUUGCAGUUUUACAGCAGAUUGAAUGGGACAGGAGAAAAAAUUAAUGGAGCUGAACCUGGUAAAAAUAAUGGCAUAAUGCCUUUGAGUGAUCAUUCCAGAAUACAAAGGUUUCAGGGGAAGGAUCCAAGCUAUUCUCAUUUAGCUGAAGUGAAUAUUCAAGAGAGUGAGGUCAAGAAAUUUGAUGCAUCUGAUUCUUAUGAUGAAAUGGUUCUUGAAAUGGAGGAAAUUUUACUUGACUCGAGGAAUAGCCAUGGAUCCAUGUACCUACAAACUAAUCAAGGCUAUGUAAGCCAGCAGCCACGUCAUUUUGGGGACGGGAGUUCUUUUGUUUCGACUGCUGCCAUGGAUUACAUAAAUCCACCUGUCCAAGUCUCGUCAAAAAUUGAUCGAGUGGAGUUAGUUGGGGCAAAACAGCAGAAGGGAGAUGUUUCUUUGGGAGAGAGAUUAAUUGGUGUCCGGGAGUAUACAAUAUAUCAAAUGAAAGUUUGGAGUGGUACGGAUGAAUGGAAUGUUGAACGUCGCUACCGUGAUUUCGUUGCUCUUUACCGCCAAUUGAAGACUCUUUUUAUUGGUCAUGGUCUGAGUCUUCCUUCUGCAUGGUCUAGAGUUGAGCAGGACUCUAGGAAAUUUUUUGGUAAUGCUUCUCCAAAUGUUGUUUUGGAGAGAAGUAUUCUUAUCGAAGAUUGUCUGCGUUCCACCCUUAACUCUAGAUUUCCCUUUGGAACUCCUAGCCCAUUGAUUAUGUUUUUGACUCCAGGAAAAGCAAUGUUCAAAUCUGGCCUGUUUCAAUCUCUUGUUCCUCAAUAUCUGCAGAAGUUUGCUGAAGAUGAAAAUCCAGAUUGUGGUGAGCCGCAUCCAGAAGAUGCUUCUCUGUUAGGGAAGACCAUAUCCCUUGUAGUUGAGAUAAAACCUCAGAAGUCUUUAAGACAGUUGCUGGAAAUACAACACUAUACUUGUGCAGGGUGUCACAGACACCUUGACAUUGGAAAGACCCUCUUUCGGGAACUUGUACAGACUUUUGGGUGGAACAGGCCCCGGUUUUGUGAGUAUACUGGGCAGCUAUUUUGUGCUUCAUGCCAUACAAAUGACACUAGUGUUUUGCCAGCAAGAGUACUGCAUCUCUGGGAUUUUACCUUACAUCCAGUAUCUCAGUUGGCUAAAGCAUAUCUUGAAUCCAUCUAUGACCAGCCUAUGCUCUGUGUGAGUGCAGUCAAUCCCUUUCUAUUUUCCAAAGUUCCUGCUUUACUACAUGUCAUGGUUUUCAGAAAGAAAAUAGGUGCUAUGCUUCCGUCUGUCAACUGUCCAUUCAGAAGUUCUAUUCAAAAAAGCCUUGGAUUUCGUAGGUAUCUUCUUGAAAGCAAUGACUUUUUUGCUCUUCGAGACCUUGUAGAUCUAUCAAAAGGGCCAUUUGCAGCACUUCCUAUAAUGGUGGAGAACAUUUCAAAUCUAAUUCUUGAGCACAUCACACAACAAUGCCUUGUAUGCUAUGAUUCCGGUGUUCCUUGUGCUGCCCGACAAGCAUGUUAUGAUCCCUCUUCUUUGAUAUUUCCCUUUCAGGAAGCAGAAGCUGAGAAAUGUAAUUCAUGUGGGUCUAUCUUUCACAAGGCAUGCUUCAUAGAUCUUCUCGGAUGCCCUUGCAGUAAUCACUCAGCUAUAAGCAAAAGGUAUAGUCCCACAGAAUCAAUCACGAGGGAAUCCCAGAGGGAACCUGUUGGAUUUUCAGAGAGGUCUAUUCAGCCCGUUCUUUCAAAUUCAACAACAGGAUUUUUCUCCAAUCUUCUCACUAGAAUCAAGUCAGAUAAGUUAUGGAAACCUAAAAACAGUAGCACGGUCAUACUCAUGGGUUCCUUACCGAGUUCUUCUUUGUAAUUAAUGUUUUAAUCAAGGCUACAUUGGCCGGAGCAAAAUUGGUAAUUGAAUUUUGACUAUUAUACUAUAGUUCUUUGUUUCAAGAUGCAAUUAGUUAUACUGCAAAUGUGUAAAUUUUCAGAAGGGGCCUGAAAUUUCCCCCAUUUUUCUCCUCAUAUUAGCAGACUCCACUCCACUCAUAUUAUUGAUCAUCUACUUGGGAAUCUGGAGCAGUUGAUUAUAUUUCUGUCCACUUUUGCCAUGCUAUUGUAUUCUUCUGCACAGUAUGUUAUAUAAGGCUUGGAGAUCAACUAUGAGAAAGGUUUUAGAAAAAGUGGUGAGUGGAACAAUGUAAAACUGUUAUUGUUUUUCAUUUACAUCAAUAUUUUGCUUGACUUGGCAUUCUUGAAAUGUAAAUAUUAUUUAGCUAUAGCCAAACUAUUAUUGCUUGGGCUGUUGAUUAUAUUGGAGAAAAUUGAUUCCUAGCCUAACUGUA